GUCCCGUCGGCAGCCUCGGUCCACGUCCACAUCAGGGAGCCGAGGGUGUUUUUUCUUUUUUUUUUUUUUCUUUUUCUUUCUGUCUGGAAGACUGGUGCCAUGCCAGGGGGAGCUCCAGCACUCGGCCAUGCCAUGCACUGACAGCGCUUUAUCCGGGCUCGCGACGUGUGGAAGGACGGUCCAGUCGAGGGGGUUCGGCGUAGCAGUGCCGGCCGUUACAAUUACCAUUACAAAGUUCGCCGGCGGGGUCGGAGGCGAGCACAGCACGGUCUGCGGGUAAUAGCUAGCUACUAGGUUAGGUAGGUAGGUAGGUUGGUAGGUUAAUAGGUAGGCUGGUCCGUGUUGUGGUCGUGCGCCCAGAUCUGCGUGGAGUCUGGACCGGCGGCGGGCCCGAACGGUCCGAGGCGGCGAUGAUAGGUAGGUAUGCCGGAGCAGGCUGGAGUCGGCUCUCCCUCUGGCUGGCGUCAACAGUUCUCGCGGCAGCUGAGAGCGCUUGUCGGCGGGGAGGGGGAGUUGAUGACGGUCACGGUGGCAUCCGUUGCCGAGCCGCCGAACCCGGUGAUCGUUUGCUGCUUGUACCCGGUGGGGCAAGAGCCUGUCCGACGAGAAGGGUGACGGCCGGGAGUAUCAUGUUGAGAGAUGAUGACAAGCUCUGGCCCGAGGAGUUCAAUUGACGGUUGGCUUGACCACACGCAUAGUUCAGGGAAGGACGCGCGGGUAGUGUACUCUUUGAAGUACCUGCGCAAUAGACACUCACUUGGCUGAGUUGUUCAAACAAGCCCGCACACACGAUGAGAUGUGAUCCUCGCGAAGGAGUGAGAGAUCCGCAACUAGGGCUAGAUGCAAACUAGGCACUGGGAUGUAACUUCAACGUGGGAUCAGAGGGGUUCUGCUCAACAUCUUAUUUGACGACGCAGUAUUAUCUAGAUCUAUAGCAGGUGGAUAACGAAAUAUCAGAUACAUAAGUAGGUAGCAUCUGCCGUGACUGACUCAGUUACUAUAAUCGCUUAGGUGCUAAGGAAACACGUACUAGGGACUAGU